AUGAGUGAAGAGAGAGAAACCGGUAAGGAGGCGAGAGAUGCUACGGCGGAGGAGGAAGAUCUUCUCCAUCGAAGCACAAAAAAACCUAAAGGCCCUGCUAUGGAAGAUCAACCUAUGGAUGAUCACAUGGCAGAGGAGGAUAUCCAGGUGAAUGUGACUAGCAACGGGGGAAAAAAAGAAAGAGGAGUCAGCGAUGCGGAAGAUUGGGUAGAAAAACUACGUAAGGAAGAGGACGAAGAAGAAGAGGAUGAGGUCUUUGUUAUGGUUGAUGGUGAUGAGGAUCCUCUUUGCCCAACGUACUCUUUUCCAAAAGCCUUGCAUUUAGAAGGUUGCAGACCUUGGAGACAGGCAGUGAUUGUUAAACUUCUGGGGAAGAAAGUUGGAGUUAGAUUCUUACUCAAUCGUUUACUGAGAAUGUGGAAUAUCUCAAGCACAUAUGAGUUCAUUGGUCUGGAGAAUGACUACUUUUUGUUCCGAUUUUCCAAUAAGAAUUAUUACUCUCAUGUUUUGGAGGAUGUUCCUUGGAUCAUAGCUGAUCAUUAUUUGGUAGUUCAACGGUGGCGUCCAUUUUUUAAUCCUUAUGAUGAUGAGAUCAGAAAGCUGGCAGUUUGGAUUCGUAUUCCAGGACUUCCUAUUGAAUUCUAUACCUCUCAUCAUUUGUGGAAUAUAGGUAGUAUUUUUGGUCGCACAUUAAAGAUUGAUAGGAACUCUAUCAGGAGUUGUGAUUCUGGUGAAGGUGAUAUUACAGAGAGAGCAAAGUUUGCUAGAAUUUGUGUCGACGUUGAUAUUAGGAAAGGCUUUUUGCCCAAAUUCCGUAUUACUGAUCGUAUCUUCCACGUUGGAUAUGAGGGUCUCCACUUAGUUUGUUUUGCUUGUGGAAAGUAUGGGCAUAGAAGGGAUCAGUGUUCCCAUAGUAAUCUUCAACAAGAUAUUACGGCUUAUUCUUCUGAAGUUUCUGACUCGGUGGUGCAUAAGCAGCCGGAAAAAGAUUCUAUUUCGGCGAAGGAGGAACCAUUUGGGAAUUGGAUGCUGGUGCAGCGUAACCGUCGAUCAAGGAGCAUAGCACAAUCAAAGGAGGAAUCAUUACCAUCGGGUAGGAGACAAGUUGGCGUUGUUAAUAAUGCAGCGUUACGUAAUAAGGCAGUUUCCAAUUCUCAUCCUAAUCACAGACAAGUCAUUCAAUCAGGUUCAAGAUUUCAAGCUAUUGCUGAGUUGGCUCAAAAGGAUAAUAAUAUCUUAAUUAUUUCUGAUUCUCCAGUGAUUGAUUCAAUCAGCAUUGAAUCUGGUCUGACACAAAUUAAUCAUGGGGAAUUAAUUGCUCAUAAUGAAGAAUCGUUGGUGAAAAAGGAUAUUCAAAUGGAAACAGAUUCUCCAUCUGCUAACCUAUCAUCGGGCAAGCCGAGAAAAGAGGUCCAAAGUCAAGGAGUAAAAUUCAAAGAGAACCAAAAGAAGAAAGCAACUGCAUCAUCUGCUAAAGUUCAUCAGCUGGUCCAGAAUGCUAAUAUUAGUAAAGGCAGAUUAAAUGCUUCAAAAUGUGCAGAAUCUCAAAAGAAUAAUUUUAAACUUGAUUCUCAGAAGAAUAUGUCGGAGGAUUUCCAAGAUAAACAAAUUGUCUUGCAUCCUUCUUUAUCUAAAUUCCAGAGGAAGACGUCUCAUGUGGUUAAUGAUCAGCAAGAGACUCUUCCUUCUUCUAGUGGCUUGGAUAAUGGAGGUAAACAUGGAAGACCACCAGAUGCUCUUACAGGGGCUGAGAAAAGGGGUUUUCCGCCUCUGAUUCGGGAUCUUUCUCAUAGAUACAGUAUUAAAGUUAUGGCUUUGUUAGAAACCAGAUUGAGUGGUGUUAUGGCAGAUAGAGCUAUUCAGCGUCUUGGUUUUUCUGGUCACUUUCAUCGUGAUGCUGUUGGUUUUUCUGGCGGUAUUUGGGUGCUUUGGAACACUGAUGAAGUUUCAGUGGAUGUUCUGUUUUCUCAUCACCAACUUGUUCAUACUAAAAUUUGUUGGGUAAAAGAAAAUAGAGAGGAGUUCAUGACUUUUAUUUAUGCAAGUCCGCGAAGACAGGAACGUAUUCAGCUGUGGGAAAUUCUAUCUUCACUGUUUGAUCAGUCCAUGAGGAAUGCGGCUUGGGGGAUAACAGGUGAUUUUAACACUUAUUUGUAUGAGUAUGAGAAGCUAGGUGGUAAUGGGCAUAACUGGAAUAGCAUGAGGGAAUUUUGUGAUUCUUUAGAUGAAUGUAGCUUGUCUGACAUUGGCAAUCAAGGUCCUAUUUUCACUUGGCAAAGAAGAAAUCUUCAGGAACGUCUUGAUAGGGUUUGCGCUAAUGAUAAUAGGAACUUGGUUUUCCCUAACCGUGUGGCUUUCAACUUAGUUUUCUUUGGCUCAGAUCAUCGACCAGUGUUAUUAUGGGAAGGUCAACCUGCUAUUUAUCCGAGAGGGGAGAGUCCUUUCCGUUUUCUAGCGUCCUGGAUUGCUCUAAAAAGAAAGAAUGAUUUGCAUGCAAGGAUUAAAAGUAUUGAUAGAUGUCUUAGUUAUCAGUACAGUCAUAGCCUUGAGAUGUUGCAAAAGGAUCUAUUGAGGGAACUAGACAAGGUUUAUCUUCAAGAGGAAAUCACUUGGUUUCAAAGAUCAAAAUUGAAUUGGUUUGCUCUUGGAGAUAGGAACUCGCGUUUCUUUCAUUCUGUGACGGUUGCCAGACGUAGGAGGAAUCACAUAGAUACGUUGAAAAACUCGAAGGGAGUUUGGAUUGGUGAUCAGCAGGUUUUAAUGGAAAUGGUUGUUUCUUUCUUUGAAAAUCUGUACACAAAAGAUCCAUUACCUAAAUCGGCUUUUCUAGUUCGUGGCUUUUUUCCAGUUAUUGAAGCGCAUGCUUUAGACACGAUGAGUAUUAUGUCAAACAGUAAGGAGAUCAGAGAUGUAGUCUUCUCUUUUGGUCCAUACAAGUCGCCUGGGAAGGAUGAGCUUAAUGCUCUUUUCUUUCAAUCUCA